GGUCGUCGGCAGGGAGAGUGGGGUUCCGCGCCCGGCUUUGCGCUCGGAGAGGCUAGAGGUGCCGAACACUGCCCGUGGGACCACGGCGGGACAGCGUUCACGCCCGUGGGUGUGGGCAUUGCGCUCCAACCGCACCCGAAGGAAUUGAACAGCUGCUUCCCGGCUUCGGCUGCCCCCGGAUGGGGAGGGGAAAACCUCGCCCAGGCGAGGCUUUAGUGACUGCGGAGCGAGCGAACGAAGCAGAGAAGGGGCAGGUAGAUGAGGAGGAGAAGAAAGGGAUCGCCGUGUCCCGGGCGUCCCGCUGGCUGCUGCGACGGUUCAUCACCCCCAUCCCUCCCUGGCAGGGACAUGAGGGAGAGGGCGUCAUCCAACCACACUAGAGAACCAACCCAACGCAUCCAGGUGGAGUUCAGUAUGGCCCCGAGGAACCCCCAUGUGAAUACUUGCCUUUUUGCUGCUUGCCUCUGCCUUUGGAGAGGAAUGCUGGGCCACAGUUCCUUGGGACCCAAAGUGCUGGCAGAAUCUGUUCUGAAUUCUAACGCCAUGUGCAUGACCCUGCCCUGGCUGACCCGGCGCCAAUUUGGACUCUGUGUACGCAGCCCAGAAGUGAUGGCUUCAGCCUUACAGGGCAUCCACCUUGCCCUGCACGAGUGCCAACACCAGUUGCAAGAGAGGCGCUGGGAUUGUUCGGACCUGAGCAGCGGGGGCACUGUGCUUCUUAACAGUGCCAUUCUGAAGAGAGGCUUCCGGGAAAGCGCCUUUGUCUUCUCCUUGCUAGCAGCUGGUGUGACCCAUGCAGUGGCAACUGCAUGCAGUCUGGGGGAACUACAAAGCUGUGGCUGUGCCAGACAAGGCACAGAGAACCAGAAACUGAAACUGAGCCAGCUGCAGUCUCUAAGCCGGGGCAAGAGCCUGCCCCCUGUGCCGUCUUCGUUGUGGGGACAGCCUAGCCCGCAGGACACCUGGGAAUGGGGUGGCUGCAGUGCAGAUUUUGCAUAUGCCCAGAGAUUUGCCCGGCAUUUUUUGGACCCACGAAGAAAACCCCGUGAUGCCCAUGCCCGGAUGCAGCUACACAGUCAUCGUGUGGGCAGAAAGGUGGUGUCAGAGCUGAGCAAGCGCAGGUGUAAAUGUCACGGCCCUUCUGGGAGCUGCCAGUUUCGGACAUGUUGGUUAGCAGCCCCUGAUUUUCGCCAUGUGGGUUCCAUCUUACGGGAUCGAAUGGACCAUGCCACACUCUCACGGCUGGACAACAGAAACUCGGGAGCCUUCUGGCCACGACUCCACAGCUCCCACCUGGCCAAGCACCUCAUCUUCUAUGAAUCCUCCCCUGACUUCUGUGAGCCGGAUCCGAGCCUAGGUUCCUCAGGCACCCACGGUCGCCCUUGCGUCAAGAGCAGCCCGCAGCCAGAUGGCUGUAGCAGCCUGUGCUGUGGGCGCGGCCACAACAUGCUGCAGGAGCAGCGAGCUCAGCGUUGCCAGUGCCGUUUCCACUGGUGCUGCCAUGUGCAGUGUGAGGAGUGUCCUUCCACGGAGUGGGUUAGUGUCUGCAAAUGAAUAGAGAAGGCCUAACCCCUUACACCAUGCUCCAGCCAGCCAUGUGACAAGUGCCUGCUGCAGUAUCAGCCAUAGUGGUCAGAAGACUGAGCUUUGGGCUGCUGACUUGCUUGCUCUGUCCUGGAAACGUACCUGCUCAUUCCAAGAGAAGAUUUGCUUCCAAUAGAGGGUGAGCAGCAAGGAAGAAUUCCUCAAAGAGAUACUCUUUUUUUUCCCCCUUCUCUUGACCGCCAGCUUGGUCCUAUUUCAGUUUAUUGCAAACUGCCCUAUAUGAUUUAAUGGGUGGAGAAUAGACUUGAUCCUGUCCUGCCACUGCAGGAAGAAACAAACAGAACCAAAGUGGCAAAAAUUCUAUAUCGGGGCUAGAUUUUUCACAGGCUAGAGUCAAGGAAGGGAGACGUUUUAAAACCAGCAUGGUCCUGGAACCUCAAAACUUCUCCUAUAUAAGGACUUGGAACAUUAAAAGUUUUAGUUGGAGGGUGUUUGCUGUUCGCAGCUACCAUAGUAGGAUAAAUAGACUGUCAUUUGGGGGCAAAAAAAUUAGCAGUAGAUUUGCAAAAAUUGCAGUUGUUGCUAAUAGCUCAGCCCACUGGCAAAAUUAAAACUGGGGUGCUGUAUUGCAAGAUUAAUUUAUUAUUUUGCUCUUUUACUAAUCUAUAUUUGUAAAGCUGUUUGUUAUAGUUAAUGGAGGGAAAGAUGGUCUCUAGUUUUAUCUGGGAAACCUACGUCUAUUUCUUUUGUCAACCUGCAUAUGUUAUGUGCUUCCCCUCAGUAAACAUGAGUUCCCCACCUUAAGCCCGUAUCUUCCGUUUGAUUAAAGAUAGAACAGAACAGUAACAGAGUUGGAAAGGACCUUGGAGGUCAUCUAGUCCAACCCCCUGCUCACGCAGGAGACCUGUACUAGGGAUUCGAACCACCGAACUGCCAACCUUUCUGAUUGAAAAGCACAGCGUUUUAGCCACUGAGCCACCAAGUCAUUUCGGAGCCCCUUGGCCAGAACAGAUUUUUUUUACUACCUUUCUCACUUACACAAGUAUUAGUUUCUUGGUUAAAAUAAAAUGAUUUUAAUGAUUUUCACACCAAACACUACUCG